AUGUCUGCUCAAGCCCAUACAUACCUCUGUGAUGCGUGGAACCGCGAUAAGGUGAUGGCCAUCGUCCAGUUUCUUCCCAUGGCCCUUGAGGGUCCUGCAAGGACUGCCGGGUGCGAAUCUCUUGCACUGUCACUCGGCAACCUUGCGAGGAUGGGUGAUGCGUAUCGUGCCGUCACUCGUCUUUCCCUUCUGGCAAAUGCACUGUCAAAACCAACAUUAACUUCCCUCUCCAAACCCACUGGUGAUAUGGUCGCGUCGCGGAUCGAUCAAUUGUCACACCUGUUCCACAUUGGUUUCUGCUUGAAUGAAAAUACUGCUGUACUUGCGGGUCAUGGUGUUUUCCCCAAAAGUCUUCACCGCCUCAGUGGAGUUGCCGUGCUGUGUUGGAUGUACACGCUGGCGCUCGGCAUUGUUCGACAAUUGUACCUAUUUGUGAAGCUCAGGCCGCGGCAGGCGUCCCGUGGCGCUGGAGCUGGUGACGAUAAGAAAGUCCCAGCUUACACAUACCUCGAAUUGAAACGGGCGUUUGUAAACUUAUUGAAGUUGGUGUGCUACUUCCUGUUCGCCCUGACAUGCCUCCCUGAAGGCAAACCGCAGCUUUUGGCUAAUGCCCGCGGACCUCUUGUGCCUUUGCAUGUGAUGGUGAAGGCGCUGUCACCCAAUCCGCUACAUGCCAGCAAUACUGUGCGCGGGUUGUUGGGUUUGAUUGCGUCUGUGUGUGAAUUCUAUUGA